AUGGUUCUUGGGACCAUCGGAUCGCUGGCGAGCGACGUCUCCAUGUCGCUGGUGAGCUUCCUAAUUGGGCGCAUGGCAGACGCCUUUGGGGAGGCUGCAGACAUCCAUGACGUCAUCCGUAGGGUCUCCAAGGUGGGCAAGGAAGCCAUUCCCGCAGCUGAUGAUCCUCUCUUUCUUAGCGCCUCAUCGUUCAAUUUGUCCGCAGGUCUCUCUGCACUUUGUUUACCUGGCUAUCGACGCCGGCGUCGAGUCAUUUCUUCGUAAUCUCCCUCCCUUCCUGAAUCUUCUCCGUCCGUCCGGCAGCGGAGGUGGUGACAAUGUUUCUUUCUUCUUCGUCUUCUUCUUCGGGGUCUGUCUGUGGCAGACGUGACCUGCAGGAUGGUCACCGGUGAGAGGCAGGCGGCGAGGAUCAGGAAUCUGUACUUGAAGAGCAUCCUGAGGCAGGAGAUCGGCUUCUUCGACCAAGGAGACGUGCACGGGGGAAGUCAUGGGCAGGAUGUCCGGAGACACCGUCUUCAUCCAAGACGACAUGGGCGAGAAGGGGGAGUUUAUGGUCAAUGAUAAAUCUUCUACAUGGUUCUUGUUCUUCUUCUUCUGCGCUGAAGGAUUCCCGUCGUUCAUCCUUUGCUUUCCAGGUGAGCAAGUUCAUCCAUCUGGUGUCAACUUUUGUCGGGGGAUUCGUCACAGCGUUCGCCAGGCCUGGCUCCUCGCCCUCGUCAUGCUGUCUACCAUCCCCCCUCUUUGUGGCCGGCGCCGCCAUGUCCACGCUCUUCGUAAGGAUGGCCUCUCGCGGACAGACGGCCUACGCGGAGACGUCGGUGAUCGUCAAGCAGACGAUCGGCAUCAUAAGAACGGUGAGUAGCGCCACCGCCACCCACUGCAGCGCCAUGAUAACAGGGUGGACAGAUAGAUCUUCUUACUUCUUCCUUAUCACCGGGUGUGGUCUGCGCGCAGGUGGUCUCAUUCACAGGAGAUAAUCUGGCCCUGGAGAAGUACGCUAAGUCGUUCAGGGCUUCCUACAAGGCGAGUUGCCAGGAGACCCUCGCCGCCGCCGCCGGCAUCGGCACCGUCCUUGGCAUCAUAAUCUUCGGCUUCGCCCUGGGCAUAUGGUACGGGAGUAGGCUGAUACUGGACAAGGGCUACUCCGGCGGGGACGUCUUCAGCGUCAUCCUCUCCAUCUUGUUCGCCUCCUUGUGAGCCCCCCCUCCAGCCGCCGCCGCUCGGUUUACUUUCUCCUUCCUGCAUUCCCCCCUGCUCAAACCGCCCGGUUUUCUCUGUCCGCCGGCCGGAAACGCAGAUCACUGGGGCAGACGUCGCCGUGCAUAAGCGCGUUCGCGGCGGGCAAGGCGGCGGGGUUCAAGAUGUUCGAGACGAUCGAGAGGAAGCCAGAGAUCGAUGCAUACGACGAAGGCGGGAGGACCUCCGGGGGGGCGCCGAGUUGAGGGACCCGCACUUCAGCUACCCUGCACGGCCGGAGGAGCCCGUCUUCACCGGCCUCUCGCUCGUCAUACCGACCGGAACGGCAACCGCCCUGGUCGGGCAGAGUGGCAGCGGGAAGUCGACAGUGAUCAGCCUCAUCGAGUGAUUCUACGACCCGUAGUCCGGUGCGGUACUCAUCGACGGCGUUGACCUCCGGGUCUUGCAUCUGCGGUGGAUCCGCGGGAAGAUCUGCCUGGUGGUCAGGAGCCCGCGCUAUUCGCCGCCAGCAUCCGGGACAACAUCGCCUACGGCAACGACGGGGCCACCGUCGAGGAAGUCCGCGCCGCCUCAGAGCUCGCCAACGCCACCAAGUUCCUCGACAAGAUUCCCCAGGUCCUUCCUCCCCCCUCCGAUCCUCCUCAAUCUUCGCGGACGCCAGCGGGGCUGACUUCUUCUUUUUCUUCUUCUUCUUCUUCUUCUGCAGGGGCUGGAGACGAUGGUAGGGGAGCGCGGGACGCAGCUGUCCGGGGGGGGAGAAGCAGCGUGUGGCCAUCGCCAGGGCGAUCCUGAAGAAUCCGUGCAUCCUCCUCCCCGACGAGGCGACGAGUGCGCUCGACGCAGAGUCGGAGCACAUCGUGGAGGAGGCGCUGGACCGGGUCAUGAAAGACCGCACCACCGUCAUCGUCGCUCACCUCCUCAGCACCGUCAGGAACGCCCGCAACAUCGCCGUAGUCCAGCGGGGGCGCAUCGUCUUCUCCGAUACCUGCAAGUACCUGGUUUCGCCGUCGACGGCGCCGGAGUCUGACGGUGGUCGCCGCCUCUGCGCAGGAUCGCACGAGGAGCUGCUCAGGGACCCGGAGGGAGCGUACUGCCAGCUCAUCCACCUGCAGGAGGCGGCGAAACAGGAGUCGUAGCCGAUCAGAGGAGCACGUCGUCGAUGGAGAUCCGCCGGCAGUUGAGCCAGAUCCGACGCUCCAUCAACCCCGGAUCCUCGAUGGGAAACAGCAGCCGCCACUCCUCGGUGGCCUUUGUCAUGUCAGCGGAGAUCGGCAUCUAUGACGAUGAGGUGGCUCCAGGGAUGGAGGAGUCGCCGGCGGAGCUCGAGGGCGAGCUGUCGUGGGCCGCCCGCGAGCCGCCGUCCGUCUCCCGCCUUGCUGCCAUGAACAAGCCGGAGAUCCCGGUGCUUCUGCUGGGGGCAGUCACCGCGGCGGUGGGCGGCGUCAUCAUGCCGGUGUUCGGCCUUGUGCUGUACAGAACAACCGAGACGUUGUACAAGCCGGCGGCCGAGCUGAAGAAGGGCACGAGGUUCUUCGCUCUGAUCUCACUGCACUCGGGCUAGUCUCCUUGGUCUCAUACCAAGCGAGGAGCUACUUCUUCGCGGUGGCGGGUGCUCGGCUGGUCAAGAGGAUCAGGAUGAGGACCUUCGAUACAAUUAGAAACUACAAGUACUGAUGUGUUGGGGUUACAUCUGAAUCCUGAGCAUAGAGAGAAUUCUCAUACAAUGUCCGUGGCAUAAAAGGUUCUCUUUGAACAAGCACGAGCUUAGAAAUCUCUAGAUCUCCUUGAACAAGAAUGUUGUGCAAGAGGAGGGUCUUAAUCGCAGAAAAUUGCAGAUAAUUAACUUCAUGUCGUCCAAGGCAAUAUUCUUGACAACCAUUUCUUCGUCGGUAAAUUACAGAUGAUUGAUUUCAUCGAUAUUCCGCAAUAAUCCAUUACUAGCAUCGAUUCUUGCCCACAUAUAAGAGACUGAAAUAAGUUCUCUAAUGCGAAUAUUAAGUGAAAACAUACAUGUUAAUGAGUAUCAGAAUUAGGGAAAACAUGCAUGUUAAUACCCCGCAAAAACUUUCCAAUUUAACAUAAAAAUAAUUCUAUUUAUAAUGAGUCUUGUACAAUCAACAAAAACUGCGUUAACUCAUGAUCGAUAUGUCAUUGGCUUACGAGAGACAAUAGGACUAUCAUCUACAUACAAUCUUACAGAUAUCAUUGGCUUACAAGCAGGUUAUAGAUACCUAUAAUGACUAAUUCAGCCCAAACAAAGAAUCCACUACUAAAGAAGGCUGACGCCUAACAUUAAUGCACCUUGAUGCCCAUUAACUUUGCAGCUUGUAGCCCACAAAACUGGCCGAAUUAAAAAAUAAGGCUCAUAUGUUUUUUUGUGUUAGUUUCCGAAUGUCAUUUGCAAUUAAAAAUUGAAUUUCUAAAUUCAAAUUAUUGUUUAAGUAAAAAUGUCAUCCAAAAUUCCAAUUUCAGCAGAAAUUUGAGUACAUAUUUAGAUUAUAUUUCAAACUAAAACUUUGCACCCUGUGUAGCCUUACCUUAGAGGAAUAUUUUCUUUUUUUUUAACAUUACUUUGUGAGUCUUGCUGUCUUGAAGUUCUCUUUCUGCUGGUGGACUCCAGCACCCCUGUGCAGUCAAGGAAGUUUUUCAACAUUCUGUGGACUUCAAAUCAUCCAAUUGUGGACUCAAGGGAUCUGUUUUCAUUUCAUCCUAGGUAAAUUUUGCAGACUCAAAUAUCUGUGGUAGGUAA